AUGGCGCUUGCGGGAAUCAAAGUCAUCGAGUUCGCGGGACUCGCACCCGGCCCAUUUGCCGGACUAGUGCUUGCGGACAACGGCGCUUCUGUGAUUCGAAUCGACCGACCUUCUGCUUCAUCUUCGGAUAUUCUAUGUCGAGGCAAGAGAUCAUUAGCUAUCAAUCCCAAGUCCGCAGCUGGCAAAGCGACGCUUAGAAGACUCAUCGCGAGUGCCGAUGUUCUCAUCGACCCGUACAGACCUGGAGUCAUGGAGAGGCUGGGACUAGGUCCGGAGGAUGGUAGGGUGAGAUUCUCUCUGGCUGGCUGGUCGUUCGCGAGACUGAACGGAGCCAAGAUUCCCAAGAGCAGGACCACACAAAAUAUGGCCGGUCAUGACAUCAACUAUCUCGCGUUGAGUGGGGUCCUGUCGAUGCUCCCUGGGAGCAAUGAAAAGCCCACAUUCCCUCUGAAUCUCUUGGCCGACUUUGGCGGUGGAGGGUUAACCUGUGCCGUGGGUAUUCUACUCGCGCUGUUUCAGCGUGUCAACAGUGGUCGUGGUCAAGUGGUAGAUGCAGAUAUGGUAUCGGGCGUGCGGUAUCUCUCCUCCUUCCCCCUGUUGGGUCUUUUGACCCCAACGUCUCCAUUUCAUGGAGGAGAACGCGGCUCCCGUCUGCUUGAUGGCGGGGCGCCGUUUUACGACGUAUACACCUGCAAAGAUGGACGCUGGAUGUCAGUGGGCUGUCUCGAACCCGCUUUUUUCAAGACAUUUCUUGGCCGCUUCAAGAAAGCGCUUCCUCGGGAUUUCAGAGUAGAAGGGUGGGCGCCAGAGUCAGAAUCUGUGCAGUUCGACACGGAUCAGUGGCCGAAACUCAGACAAUAUUUCGCUGAGGGCUUCAAAGUGCAUGAUCGAGAUUACUGGACAGCCGUAUUCCAUGGCAAGUUGAGCGUCAUGGAUCCUACAUCCCCCUUUCCCGUACCACACCCUCGCAUCUCCGACUUGGAGCAUGCGCCGCAGCGAAACUCCCGUAGCUUGCAUCUACCUGCAGGCCUUCAUACGAUGGAGAUUCUGCGCGAGUUGGGCGUGCAGGACAGCGAAAUUGAUGCAAUGGUGACAGCGGGUCAUGCCAGCGUCACUAUCCUCAGUUCUCACCGUUGCUCUGCCGCGAUGUCUAAACAAUUCACUCUCGAGGAAGUGGCUAAGCACAACAAGGCCGGUGACGUCUGGGUUGUCAUCGACGCGAAAGUCUAUGACUUGUCCAAGUUCAGCAACAUGCACCCAGGAGGUCUCGCUGUCCUUUUGGAUCCCGAAGUCGCUGGACAAGACGCGACGGAAGCCUUCUAUGGGCUCCACCGUGCAGAAGUGCUCGUGAAACCGCAGUACCAGAGGCUGCAGAUCGGCACUAUCGUCGGCCAGCAAAGCCUAAUUCAGACCCCCACGCCAGGCCUUAUCAGCAAGGUUCCAUAUGCGGAGCCGUCCUGGCUGGUGGAGGGGUAUCACAGUCCGUACUACACCGAGAACCACAGGCAAUUCCAACUGGCGAUGCGCAAGUUCGUUGACGAGUUUGUGACCCCCGAAGCUGAGGUCAAGGAGGAGAAUGGAACGCGCGUGUCGCAGGAGCUGUUGGAUCGUAUGGCUGCGUUGAACAUUCAUGCGAUGCGGCUGGGACCCGGGAAACACCUCAAGGGGCUUACUCUCAUGAACGGCCUCGUAGAACCCGAGAAAUUCGACUACUUCCACGAGCUAAUCGCUAUCCAAGAGCUGACCCGUUGUGGAAACCGCGGUUACGGAGACGGGCUUCUCUCUGGCAUGGUCAUCGGUCUCCCCCCGGUGCUCAACUUCGGUAGCGAGGAGGUGAAGGCGAAAGUGGUCCCAGAAGUUCUGCAGGGCAAGAAGUUCAUCUCGCUCGCUAUCUCUGAAGCGCAUGCUGGUUCGGAUGUGAUGGGCCUGCAGACCACCGCUGUCAAGAGCGAAGAUGGCAAGGAGUGGAUUAUCAAUGGAACGAAGAAGUGGAUCACCAACGGCACGUUCUCGGAUUACUUCACUGUCGGGUGCAAGACCGAGGAUGGCUUUACUGUCAUUCUCGUCGAGCGUGGACCUGGUGUCGAAACAAAGCCGAUCAAGACUAGCUACUCUGCUGCAGCCGGAACUGCGUUUAUUACCUUCGACAAUGCUCGGGCACCUGUCGGCAACACUCUGGGCGAAGAAGGCGGAGGCAUCUUUGUGAUGCUGAGCAACUUCAACCACGAGCGCUGGGUGAUGUGCUGCAACUCGGCCCGCGCUCAACGUGGAAUGGUCGAAGAGUGUCUGAAAUGGACGAAUCAACGCAAGGCUUUUGGCAAACCGCUCAAUUCGCUUGCAAUCAUCCGUUCGAAGCUCGCUGCGAUGAUAUCGCGGGCCGAGAGUUGCCAGACCUGGUUGGAAUCCAUCAGUUACCAGAUGUGCAACAUGUCCUACAAACAGCAAGCAUCUAAGCUCGCUGGACCGAUCGCAUUCUUGAAAGCAUAUUCCACUUCGUGCGGCCAAGAAACAGCGGCAGAUGCCGUCCAGAUCUUCGGUGGGCGAGGUAUCACCCGCACGGGAAUGGGCCGAUAUGUCGAGCAUUAUCACCGCACGAUUGCAUUUGACGCGCUGCUUGGAGGUGCUGAGGACGUGCUCAGGGAUCUCGGCGUCCGGCAAGCGAUGCGUGCCAUGCCUGCGGACGCGAAAUUGUAG